GGGAAUCUCGUGGCUCAAAUAGACUCCUAUUCAAAAAGCGUCAACUUCUCUCAUGAAAUACUAAUUCAAUAAUUUUUCCCCACAAGUCAUUAUGUAGUUGUCAGCUAAAUUCAGUCCUGCUGAUCAGUGUUCUGAUGGCCCAGGUUUGAUUGACAUGCCUGGUGUAGAGCCAGUCUGGAGUGAUUGACAGACAACUCGUUUGGAGGAAGCCAGGAGGGUCAUUCACCGUGGUGAUCAGGACAGCCCAGGGCCAGACAUGACUAGAACUGGAAGUGGCAGCCCGGGCCUGCCUGAUGAGAUGGAUGCUGAGGAGGCGGAGAGGUGUCCUAUCUGUUUGGGCGUCCUGGCUGGAUGCGAGCUUGCCAUGCCCGACAGCUGCUGCCACGUCUUCUGCCUCAGAUGCCUCCUCACAUGGGCAGAGAUGGCUCCUUCCUGCCCUAUAGACAGGAGACCUUUCACUAAUGUUUACAGAUGGGAUGGGAAUUUCAGCUGUGUGCAGGUUCCUAUGAGUAAGCGAGCGAUUCAACUUGAAGCUGAGAGUUGCUGCUGUAGAAACCCCAGACAAAAAGUCUGUCUCAAUAAGCCUGCAAGAAGAUUGAGAUGGCAAAAGGUGGAGAGGAUGGCAGAAGCCAAAACUAAAAGACUUGUGAGGAAAUGUAACGAUGAGGAUCCCUCCUCUUUGAGCAGAAAAAAGGUGAGAGGAACAGAGUGCUGUACUUGGUCACCGUCUCCCUGUGUCUCAUUAACAACCACAUCAACACAGGACAUUGUAGAGCCUGUUUGGGUUACAGAGGACAUACAAUAUGACACUGGUUUCAAACAGUGCAAACCCCAGGUGCAAGACUGUCCGUGGCUAUCUCCUGCUACUCCCAUCCCUGCUAAUGGCACCACAAGGCAGAGUUUUCAUCCCGCUAAUUGGAACCACAGCCCGUUUCCAUUUGGACUCUGCUCAUCUCCCUUUACCUCAGGCUCACUGUUAAGUCAUGGCCAUUUUGUGUUUGAGGGUGUUGUCUGCGCCAUCACAUGUCCCAAAGGAGGAGAGAAGAAAAGCAGCCGAGCCUCAACCUCGAAAGCUCCCGCCAAAGAGGCGGAGUCUCUACCACCCAGGCGAUCUGGACGCAACGGUAAAACCCAAGAAGAGACUCCUGCAUCUGACCCCUCAUCGCUGCCUCAGUCCAGUUCAUCAGACUCUGACUCAUCUACCAACCAGUCCACCAAACCGGCCAAGACUUCUCAGAUGCCAACCAAGAGGAAGGGCAAACAGGUAACAAACCGAAAGGCCAGUGGCAAACGGAAAGCCACAACAAGAAAAAAACGCUCUACUGAAUUCAUUAGCAGCCCAGCAGCAAAUGAGGAGGAGGAAGUGGGUGAGGGACCUGACAACAGGAUGGAAGGGGGGGGAGGGGAGGAGGAAGAAGAAGACAAAACUGAUAAAGAACAGGAUACAAACAACUCAGAGCAGCAGCAGUCUGAUGCUGAAGGGAGCCUCAAUGCAGACCAGGAUGGUUUAAACUCUGCUGAUGAGCAAGGAAGUGCAGAAUCCCUGAGUAAUGAUGUGGGACAGGAAAGUGAUGAGACUCAGGAACAAUCUAAUGAACAUGAACAAGAAAAGAAACAAGACGAUGGAGAUGAUGACCGGUCUUGUCCCUCAGACUUGGCUCAUAACAAUCAUGGUUCAUGCUUUGAGGGUGACCACAGCAAAAGAGAGGAGGAAGAGCAAGCCAGCCCUGUUUCCUCUGGAGACAAAGACUCUGAGAAAAGGACUUCUCCAUCACCCUCUGAAUCUCAGAAUGCUCUGCUGGAAGACCUGAUGUCUCCACACUGUGAUGAGCAGACUGAGCAGGAUGAUGAAACGGAGGUUUGUGCAGAGUCAGAAGAAGCCAACUUUGAACAAUCUUCAAACGAAGUGAAGGCUGAAUCAUGUGAGAACUUAAGAAAACCUGGUUCCCCCUCUGCUGGAGGUUCAGAGGAAAAUGUAGCUGACCCAGAAACAAAAGCUUCUGAGGACACUAAUACAAAAAUGCUAGGAUCAGAAGAGCCUUCAGUUGUUGACAGUUUUGAGGAAGGAAAAAAGGAUGACACUAACGUUGUCCCCAUGGACUGCAGUUUGACCAUAAAUGAGCAGGGUAACAAUCCCAUUUUGGAACUACCUAAGGAAAGUGCUGACCCAGCUGCUACAGGACCCCCUCUUUCUGAAAGCCAAGUUGCCAAGGACAAGCGCUGCAAGGACCAACAGGAGACAGAAAAGAGCCAGGAGAGGAAGAACGGCAGACAGCGGCAUUCUCGCUUCCACUCCCCAACUUCUACCUGGUCACCUAAGAUGGACUCCAAGCGAGAACCAACUAGGCGCUCACGCUCUCGCUCUAGAGAAUGUGACAGCAGCCGGCCCUUUAGCCACUCUUCCCGGGCUCGCAGCAGAGAAAGAGACAGGGACCGGGAUUGUGAGAGAGACUAUUCUAGGAGGGACCGUAGUCGUGAGAGGAGGAGAUGGAGAUCGAGGAGUCGCUCUAAAUCUAGGUCCUGCUCUCGGUCUAGGUCUCGAUCCAGAACAAGGUCCUACAGACGGGGUGCCAGCCCCGAAUGGCCAGGGUCCAGAGAACAGUCUCCUCAGAGAAGGGAGCGUAGGGGUGGGUGGAGGUCGGGGCAGGGCAGCAGUUCUGGUGGUGAGGGACGGAGGUAUCAUGGAGGUGCUGGUCGCUUUGAAAAUGGUGUGCCUCCAGAGGGUUCCCCUGAGCGCCAGGGCUGGUCAGAUAAUCCUGACUGGGUCACAGAAAAGACUCGUGGUGAAGCUGAGGGCAGGAACAGGGACUUUGGCUUUAGUGGUGGCUCACGCUGGGAAGACCAUCGCACCAGUGGCGGGAACAGGGCAGAACCACGGGGCCGGGGACGGCUUGAACGUGGCCGGGGUGCAGGGCGGGGCGGUGGCAACCGUAGCUUCUACAAGCAACAGGAGGAAACAGCCGACAACCGCUGGCAGCCCAGAAACAGCUUCUCAGGUACAGGCAACAAUUCAGGGAGUGAUGCGUACAGCCGCUUCAACGAAAACCGGGGUGGUGGCCGGAGGAAAGAGUCGGAGCCAGGUGACUCUAUGCUUGACCGAUCAGGAUGGUCAUCAGCAUCCAGCUGGGCUGUUAGGAGGACCCUACCUGCUGACGUUCAGGACUACUACUCCAAGAGGGAGAGAGGAGGAUCAGGAGGCUGGAACCGUCAAGAGGAGGAGCAGCAGCAGUCAGCAGCAGCAGAUCCCCCUAAAAGUGAGCCUCCUCCCCAGGCAGUCCUGGGUAACGCUCCGGUGCCUGUGAUGAACGUGAUUCCUCCUCAUCCUCCUCAGCUGAAUGUUCUUCACCAUCACUACCCCAUGCAGGGUCCGCGAGGAGCCCUGCCUGUCAGCUUGCAGCCUGCAGCACCGUACGCAAUGCCUCCUCAGGUCCCCUUGCACCUCCACCCUGCUGUGCCGCUACUACAGGUGCCCGCUGUUGGCGCUCAGAGCCUCCCUCCUCCUCCCCCACCGCCUCCACCCAUGCAGCAAGGCAGCCAGACCGCAGCAGCUCAGCCUGAUGGCUACAUGACUCAGAUGACGAGUACUAUGGUUGGUUAUGGGAAAUGCACCCUUCUUCCCACCCCUACCAAAGCUGUUGUUGUCACAGCGACCCAGGGACAACCAGCACCCACCCAGGUGAUACCGUCCUCUACGACUCAGCCUGGUCAUAACAAGGCUCAAGCUGACAGCUCCAAAAAGGAAAAGAAACAACAGAUCCAAGAGAAAGCUAUAAAUGAAGUGAAGACAGCCAUCAAACCUUUUUACCAAAAGAAGGAGAUCACCAAGGAGGAGUACAAAGAGAUUGUACGCAAAGCGGUAGAGAAGGUGUGUCACAGCAAGAGUGGUGAGGUGAACUCCAAUAAGGUGGCCAACCUUGUGAAGGCCUACGUGGACAAAUACAAGCACGCCCGCAAAAAAUGAAUCUGCCCUGCUGCUGGCGCGGCAUUGCCCUCGCUGACCCAUUCAACUGCUCAAGUGCAAUUUUCUCAAGCUGGAAUUUGGCCUCCAAACUGAAAGAUGACGGAGAGCCCAACAUUUUCUUUUUUGAUAUCUGUAACUUUUAUUGAAUGAUUUUUUUUCUAUAGAUUUUCAUAUUUUGUUAGAAAAUGACCCAAUCAGAAAAUGUAAUGCAAGAGCCCUUUAUUUUGCAUAGAUCAUGUGGCUUGGGAACUACUGUAAGGAGUGCAGGGUAGCGUGGGGGUAGGGGUUGGGAUGGUUGAUACUAAAGAUUCAACGCUCAGUGAACGAUGUCAGCUCAUGUAGUGGACAGCUUCUCCCAGGGUGCUGGCUGGUACGAUAAAUUUCUCUUCCAUGGCAUUCUGAUCGCACAGCUUAUUAAUUGAAUAUUGUCAAUGUUCUUUUUUAAAAUAUUAUAUAAUAUUUCAGAGGAAAGCCUAGUUAAAAAAAAACAAAAACCUUGCAUUGCCUUUAUUAAUCUGACGGCUGGAAUCUGAUGAGUGUGACUGUCAUCAGGGCCCUAAUUGGUUUAGGAGACACUAAGUGGGAUGGCCAAUCAGCAAUGAGUAUGGAGUGUGAGGCGGAAGUUCCAGGGAGACAGAUCAGGUGAAAUUGACCCCACACCCUGCCUGAAUGUGUAAUAAAUGUCAAUGUGUGAACUUGAACUGUGCAAAGUAUCCAGAGAAUAGCAAAAUAAACUAGCUGCUUCCUGA